UAUAUUUUAUAAUCUAGAUUUUGAGUAGUGGUAACUUUAUUUCUGAAUAAGACAAAACAAUUUAUUGAAAAAAUUGAAAUAAAGUGAUAUUUCAGUGUGAUUUUUGUAAAUAUUAUCUUUAUGUGAUUAAAGCGUUUGCAGAAAUACAUAAUAUGUAAUAAUUUAAUUGUGAUACUUUAAGCUUAAGGAAAUACGUGCCGAUUAAAUAUCUCAUCUUUGCAAACAUCAAUCGUUUCUUCAAUAUGGCUGCCGCCGGACUACGUUUGUCACAGAGAACUGUUUAUAGCGGCUUAUACAGGGUUUACAGAAAUUUUGUUAAUGUAAUUUAUUGGGAUAUGUCAAAUGUUUUAACUUAUUUAAGCCGUUGUUAAAGUAAUUAUCAUAACCCCUCUAAGAAGACUGAAUAUCAAUAUAUAUUAAUAUAUAUUAUAUCAAAACAAGGAAUUGGCGUCCGAAAGUUAGUGCAGUGCUGUGAAAAAAAUUGUGUUGAUUUUUUAUUUAAGUUAAGUAAUUGUAUUUGGAUUCGUGUUUGGCCCGCGAUGUCGCAGUAUGAGCGGACGAAAUGAGCCCGCCGUACCUAUCGGAGCAACAUCAACAUUACCACUCAUGGGCGUGGAACGCGGUAAUAGUUGCGGCGGAGGUGGGGGCGGGGGUGGUGUCGGAGAUGAGACGAUCAACGGCGUGGCGGCGCCUGAGCGUGCUGAUGAACCGCCGCGCAAGAGAACCAAACUACUCCCUACCGAUGACGUUUCUACGCUCCGGAAGCGAGUACUCGAGUAUAAACUACUCAGGCUGAAGAACCUGCGCGAUAGGUUCACGGAGCAACUGAGCGAGCUGUACUUCCUUCAGGCGGGCGGUAACAUGAUGGAUUAUGCGGCGUGGCGAAAGAGACCCCCUGCUCCGCAGCUGGUAGCCUUCCUAGAAGCACGGCGACCUCCACCCGCUGCUCCACCGCCACCAGAGCCACCCCCCGUACCCGUUACACUGCCGCCUACCGUCGCCGUCAUCACAUCUUGCUCUCCACAAACGCCAGCUGUUCCCGUAGUCAUAGCUCCUGUCACUUCCACUACUCCGGCCGCAGACGAAAUGGUCGAAAAGGCCAAACAAGAAGCUUAUGUUGCGGCUCGCGUAGCGGAGCUAGCUCGCGCGGGUCUUUGGACGGAGCGGCGCCUUCCACGUGUCCUUGAGCCUCCUCGUCCGAAGACACACUGGGACUACCUACUCGAAGAAAUGGCAUGGCUCGCACAGGACUUUGCACACGAACGCAAGUGGAAAAAACAAGCUGCCAAAAAGUGUGCUCGUGCUGUACAAAAAUAUUUUCAAGAUAAAGCUGCAGCUGCUCAGAAAGCAGAGAAAGCCCAAGAAUUACAAUUAAAAAAAAUUGCUGCUUUUGCAGCCAAAGAAAUAAGAAUGUUUUGGACUAAUGUUGAAAAGUUGGUGGAAUGGAAGCGCGUGCGACGUGUCGAGCGAGCGCGCAAGGAAGCUCUCGAUGAGCAGUUAAGCUACAUCGUGGACCGCACCGAGCGCUACUCGCGCCAGCUCGCCGCCAACCUGGGCGCGCCCGCCGCGCCCGCGCUCAGCCACGCGCCCGACACGCCGCCCUCCGACGACGAGUUCCAGCCGCGCGGGGACUCCGACGACGACGAGGAGACCAUCGCCGCCGCCGAGCGGGAGGCUGCGGACGACGCCGCCGACCAUCGGGACGAAAUCGAGGCUCUCCGGCGAGAGUCGCAUCUCGAUCUCGGGGAUCUUUUGCCGCCCGGCUAUUUACCCGCACACUCGCCUCCGCCCUCUGACUACGGUCCCGACGAUGAUUCCGCCGACGACGAAGAUACCAUCGCCGAACAGGAGCAGAACGAGCGACCCGAGGACGCUGCUGCCGAAAUUGCAGCGCUUAAGGACGAGGCCGAUCUCGAUAUAAACGAACUAGUUCGGCGCUAUGCGGGUGCAGCCCUGCCGGUGACGGAAACUAGCGAACACUCUUCGGACACGGAGGUAGAUUCGGAUGACGACGAUAAUUCCGAAUCUGCUAGUGUGGGGUCCUCUGCGUCGGAGCAGCUCGAAGCUUUAAUGGAGACGAAAGAGGCGAGCACGAUGGAAGGAUUGGAAGAAGGUGACGGCGCGGACGGUGCGGAAGGGGCGGACGGGGCGGACGGCGAGCAACGCGUGGAGGCGGCCGCGUCGUUGGCGGCGACGCUGCAGCCGACGGGGAACACACUGUCGGAAACUGUGGUGGGCACGCCGGUCCCGAGACUUCUGCGACAUUCACUGCGCGAAUAUCAACACGUGGGUUUGCAUUGGUUAGCCACCAUGCAUACGCGGCGUCUCAAUGGAAUUUUGGCCGACGAGAUGGGCCUCGGCAAGACCAUCCAAACGAUCGCGUUGCUAGCGCAUCUCGCUCUCGAACACCACGACUGGGGGCCGCAUCUCGUCGUCGCGCCUACGUCAGUUGUACUAAAUUGGGAGAUAGAAUUCAAAAAGUGGUGUCCGUCUUUUAAGAUUCUCACAUAUUAUGGCACGAUAAAGGAACGAAAACUAAAGCGAGUCGGUUGGACAAAAGCGAACUCUUUUCAUGUGUGCAUAACGUCUUACAAGCUUGUGGUGCAGGACCAUCAAAGUUUUCGUAGAAAAAAAUGGAAAUAUCUCAUUCUCGACGAAGCUCAAAAUAUAAAAAACUUCAAAUCUCAGAGGUGGCAGAUGUUACUGAAUUUUCAAACAGAAAGGCGACUGUUGCUGACGGGCACACCGCUGCAGAACAGCCUGCUGGAGCUGUGGUCGCUGAUGCACUUCCUGAUGCCGGACGUGUUCGCGUCUCACACGGAGUUCCGCGAGUGGUUCGCGCCCGUGGCCGGCAUCGCCGACGGCUCGCACCGCUACAGCGACGCGCUCGUGCGCCGUCUGCAUGAGGUACUUCGGCCAUUCCUGUUGCGGCGACUCAAGGCGGAUGUGGAGCGACAGAUGCCGCGGAAAUAUGAGCACGUCUUGCUUUGUCGCCUGUCCAAGCGGCAACGCUUCCUUUACGACGACUUUAUGUCACGUGCUAAAACAAAGGAGUGCCUCGUGUCUGGCAAUCUACUGAGCGUGAUCAACGUGCUUAUGCAGCUUCGAAAGGUGUGCAACCACCCCGACCUCUUUGAGCCUCGGCCCGUGGCUUCGCCGCUGCAGUUGACUGCGCUGCGGUACCGCAUACCGGCGCUCACUCUUAUCACUGAUAUCGUGGAUAGAGUGCAAUUCUCCGCUCGCCUCGGCGGAGAUCUCGCUUCGCUCGAGGUUGAGGGCGCGGGUGCUUUUGCCGCACAUCGUGCGAGACAUCUCGCUCCGCCGCGCCGACUCGUCGAGGAACUGCCCGACACGCCACGAGUGGUGCCACCUCGCCCGCCUCCCGCGGCUUUACGGUUGCACCUUCGACUGGUUCCGAGAACGCCGCCGACUCUGCGCGUGCCCCCCGCCGCGCCACUCGUAGCUUCGGGUCCCGUCCACGCGUCUACGGCUCGCGCGACUGUCAACGCUGCCCCGCCGCCCGCCACAGCGCAAACCGCGCGAGGCGCGAGCGCACGUCUGGACAUGCACCGCCGCUCUUGUCUGCGUCGCCUCGCUACGGUCAACGAGCGUCGCUGCUGGCGUCUACCACUGUUCGGAGCGGACUUGCGAGAGGCCGUGUGCGCGGGACCGCCGGCUGUUCCUCCCCGAAAUCUGAACGUUCUUUUAGAUGAAAUGCAUGACAUUAUCGAUAGAUUUGGAAUAUGCUGGGCGUCGUGCCGCGCGUCCGCGGUGCAGGUGGCGAGCGGCGCGGGCGCGGUGUGCGGCGCGGCGGGCGCGCGCGACUGGCGCCGCCGCGUCGCCGCCGUGGAGUCGGCUGCGCUGGCGCCCGCGCGGGCCGUGCUGGCGCUGCUGCACGCCCCCGCCUCCCGACACGCCGUCGCCUUCCCGCACCCGCGUCUGCUACAAUACGACUGCGGUAAACUCCAGACGUUGGACGGUCUGCUGCGGCGAUUGAGGGCGGGUGGCCACCGUGUGUUGAUAUUCACACAGAUGACGCGAGUGCUGGACGUCCUGGAAGGUUUUCUAUCGAUGCACGGUCACACGUACCUGAGACUCGACGGUGCGACGAAGGUCGAUCAGCGACAACCUCUGGUCGAUCGAUUCAACGGCGAUCCUCGAAUUUUCGCUUUCAUUCUUUCGACCAGGAGCGGUGGCGUCGGGCUUAACCUAACGGGCGCCGAUUCUGUAGUUUUUUAUGAUUCGGACUGGAACCCAACGAUGGACGCACAGGCACAAGAUCGCUGUCAUCGUAUCGGUCAAACUAGAGACGUUCACGUGUAUAGACUCGUGACUGCCGCUACCGUCGAGGAAAAUAUCUUACGCAAAGCGGAACAGAAGCGAACUCUCGGUCACUUGGCUAUCGAAGAUGGGCAUUUCACUACGUCCUAUUUGCGUGCCGCAAAUAUCAAGGAAUUAUUCGGUGCUGAGGCGGAAGCCGUGAGCGACGGUGGAGACGGUGACGCGGCAGAGGGCGGCGAGCUCGAGUCGGCGUUGGCGGCGGCCGAGGACGAGGCGGACGCGGCCGCGGCGCAGGCUGCGCGCGCCGAGGCGCAGGGCGACCUGGCGGAGUUCGACGAGACCUUGCCCCUCGACGACGAGGCGCGCGACCGCUCGCACGCCGCGUCGCCGCGCGGCUCGCACGAGGACCCCGAUGCGGGAGAGUUUGCUGUACUGAUGAAACAGCUCACACCAGUGGAGAAGUAUGCUAUGCGACUUGUCGAAACUAGCGAGGCGGCUACGGAGGCAGAACGAGCCGCACUCGGUGAGAUGCGACGUCAGUUACGAGAAUGGGAGCAGGCACGUCGUGCGCUUCGAGACGAACCCGCUAGCAUGGAACCCGAAGCAGAGCCGGAUCCCGAAUUGACUUACAGUCGCGAGGACUCGCGCGCCAAGAUGUGGGUGAGUGGAAACGGCGUCAUAGAGCGAAUGCCGAUUUGGUGCCCGCCCACACCACCUUCCAGCGACGGCGACGUGUACUGCGAGAGCUGGGCGCGUCCGCUGUACCGUCGCGGCGCCGCCUCCGACGCCUUGCUCCCGCCCGUGCGCUGGCGUGAAACACGUGCCCCACGUUCCCCUCGGCGCGCGCGUCCCGCCCCCCGCGCCGCUCACGCGCCCCCUUCGCUGUUCGAACGAGCCGGCCCGCGGCCCAGGCCCCGCGUGAGACCCCCGCCCACCCCCGCACGCGAACACGCUGCUCCGCCGCCGGACUGGGCUCCCUGUGAGGACGCUGCGCUGCGUCGUGCUCUACGCUUGCAACGUCUGCCACCCGAGCCGCCCGCUGCUCAUGCUCCCAACUGGGAUUGGCUGUCGGACCUCGUGAAUGAGACGGCGCGCGCCUACCGUUCACCGCGUGCCUGUCGCGACCGUCACGACGCGCUCGCCGAUCCCGAGCGCGCGCGUCGUAAGCAUCGCAAGCCGCCACCCGCGCGACGCCGACCCGACGAUGAUGCUCCACGUCCGCCGCUUCAACGGCUCGACGCGAUGCGCGAUGCAGCCGAACGACGUCGUGCCGCACCUAAGCGGCGCCUCGACGACGCCGCCCACCACAACCCCAAACAUGCAGCGCUGCUCGCCGAUCACGGGGUCGAUUACGACGUGCCACCGACUCCAAUGGAGGUGGCCAUGAGACGCGCUGAGCGUAUAGCGAAAGAAAAAAUGAAAGCCGGCGCCAGUGGCUCGGCUUCCGCUAAUGCGACACAAUCGACACCGACCGUUACACCGGCGCCCACUGCGCAGCCGCAACGUAUCGUGGUGGCCGCGCACAGUGCACAGGCAGCGCUGGCUAGUGCCGCUGCCGUCGGUAAAGCGGAAGCGGUGAGACGUGCGCGUGUUUCUGGAGAAUCGCCACGUGUCGUUGCGCCACCCGCUGCUCAGCUGCUUUACCGUCAACAGUCUCUCGCUGCGCGACAUCAUCUAAAGAUAUUGCAUCACCCUUCACCACCCCAAUCGCAGAGCGGGUCGACGAGCGCGAGUGUGGUGACGGAGGGGGGCGCGGGCGGCGCGGCGCUGCGCACUCUGCAGCUGCAACAGCUGGCGCUGCGCCGCGGGUCGGCUCGCGCUCCGCCGCCGCACGUGGUGCUGGCGCACCUGGCGCCGCCCGCCCACCACGCGCCCGCCGCACCCGCUCCCGCGCUGGCGCCGCACCCGUCGCAGAGCGCGCAGCCGCCGCAGCACCAGCACCCAUCCGAUGCGCAACAAUAAAAUAUUUAAAUAAAUGUU